UCUCACAGAGUUGUUGUCGAAUUUUCUACACAAAAUUAGUAAUUAGUAAUUACAGCCGUCGUAAACACUAAACAAUGAUCAACUAAUAAUGACUUGAGGUUUUGAGCAUUCGAUCCGCCGUCGACGCCCAAAUAAUAAAAUUUUAUAGAACUUGAAACUCACCACAAUGGGUCACGAGCGGUCGGUAAAGCAAAUCGACGAUGAAUUGGAUGAGAUUUGUCUACAAAUGAUACAAUUAAUGGAUGAGUAUUGUUCGAGCAUUGGUCGACUAGAACACUGUUUACGUGAUGGUUGCGUGCACCUAGCCAAAAGUAGGUAUGUGAUGGGCAAUCGUAGUGUAUCCGAUCUACAGCUACCAACAUCUGGCCCGUACAUUGCUCGCUCGAAAGUAGUACGCGAGGAGAACUCUGACACCAUCAAAUUGGCACAUGACAAUGAUGGUGACGAUCCUAUCAAACGUUUUGGUGUGCUCGUUCCAGGUAGUCUACGCAUGGCUCAAGAAAAAUUUUGUAAAUGUUUAGAGUCUACAGUCGAAGCCGCAGUCAUAAAAUCGGAAAUGGAAAAAGUUCAAGAAAAUUAUGUGUCAUUAAAGGAUAUGAGAAGUCGGAUGAAAAACGUAGUUAAUAAAUGAAAAUAAAAUAAACAUUAAUUCCUCA